AUGACAGCAUUGCAGCCGUUUAGUGACGAACAAUUAAAUUUCUUUAAGUUCUCGUCCUUAGUGUUAAAUGAAUUCCCGAAAGCCUUACGGCAGACCUUUAAAACCAUGUGGGACAACACCUAUGGACAUCUCCCUGGUUUCCAGCUCUGGGAUGAUUCCACUGCUGUGAGAAAUUUGUUUGCCGCUACAGAGGGUGGCAGGACUAAAGUUCCUGUUCUCCAGUCUUACAAUGAAUGGGAUUGUACCAACCUGUUCCAGGCCACAAUAUUUGCUCGCUCCUUUGCCUUGACAGGAAGCACUGGUUCCUACACGACACUCAGUGAUUUGUACUUAAAACCCUGUGCGAUACCUCAUGGAACUUUCCAUGCUUCCUCGGUCAGUUUAAGUGGAAAUAAUGCGGAGACCUUUACACUUGCGAUUGAUCAGCUUCGUCUUCUUAGAAAUUCGCUUUGUCACUCCACCAGUAGUGAGAUGGACAAAGCUACGUUUGACCAGCGCGUGUAUUACGCCAAAGCCGCGUUUCAAGCCCUUGGUGUCCCGACAGCCUCAAUUGACGCACUUGGUAGUUUGACUGGGUCCGAUUUUCCCACAAAUGAGGUUCGAAAAUUGGAAGAAAGAAUCCGAGAGGAGACUCGGGCGUACAUCAAAUGUCUCGAGGACUUCAGGGAAGGGCUGGAGAGUUUGAGUUCAGACAUCAAUGAUUUAAAACAACAGGUCGAAGUGGAUAAUGCCAGCAAAGAAGACAUUACUAGGUUAGAAAAAAAGAUUGAUGAAUUGAAAGUAGGAAGAGACGAACAUGAUAAUCUACCUGACAAUUCAGGUAAGAUAUUGAAAAAUUAUUCCAGCCGAAGGGUCAGUGUACAAUUUGGACAAAUACAGUUGAACUCCGGUAACUCGAACUCUGAAGGCAAACGAAAAACAAUCACAUUAGCGAGGAAUUCAAGUUAUCGGGGUAAAUUUUAGUGAAAUUUUGAUCAAGGGAAAGGACAUUUAGUUCCUGUUAUCGGGGAAUCCAAGUUAUCCGAGAUGGACUUAUCGAGGUUCUACUGUAGUAAGCAAAUUGUAAUUGCAGGACUGGUUAAUUCAGCCAGUCCCAUUUACAAAUAAGCAACCUCAAAGCCUGACUUUUUCUUUUUGAUCCGUGCCCUCAGAUUAUAAUGAAAUUUAAAAAGGUAGCAGUCUAAGUCGCGGAGAGUUAACCUUUUUCCAGGUAGGUUUUGUUUGCACCCACAAGUCUCCUGUAGCUCAGUGGUAGAACAUCUGUUGACUCCUGUUGGCGAGUUCUCUGAUUUUUUCUUUCGAGUCGUCUGUGUCACUUUCUAGAGAAAAUCUUUGUCAAGGUUUUGAUAUGUGUGGAAAAGAUUACUAUAAGCUUUCUUUAUAUAAAGAGAUGAAGGAAUAGCCUUGGGUCGACUUUAUAACCAAACUCUCUUCCUAAUUCAUCAGGUUUCGUAUAAAUAAAUUUACGGAUUCAAAUUCACUGAUUUAUGGUCUUUUCUCAUCAUAAAAGGUAUGAGACCACCGCUCUCAAGAGCCUACCUUCCUUCAAUGGUUCCCAAUUUCAUUGGGCGACAGAGCGAAGUUGAGGAGAUCAUCGGACAUGUCACUUCCGAAUCCACCCGACUUGUGUCGAUCUGGGGUUCACCUGGAUUCGGAAAAACAUCGGUUGCAAUUGCAGUGGGACACGCUCUUCAGACUCAAGGGCUGCCUGUGCACUGGGUCUCAUUGCGGGGACUUCAGUCAAAGGCGGGUCUGACUUCAAAGAUUCUUGGCCUUUUAAGGCAACCAACCAUUAAUAAUCAACCGUCCGAUGAGCGUCUGUCCCAUGAUGAUGAGAUCUGCCAACUAUUCAACAAAAUAUCAGAACAGUCUGUAUUUAUUCUUGAUAAUGCCGAUGAUUUGUUAGAAACUGGUUGGCCAAAAGUGAAGAAAGAGGUCAUGCAACUUCUUGAAGAAAUACUCAGGCAAAACCCAAGGGUGACAUGCAUUGUAACCACGAGAGAGUCUCUUGAGUUUAUGGACAUUCAUUUUCGAGGCCAUCAAGGCUUGAGAGUAAGAACAUUAGAUAAAGCCUCCACAAAAUCCUUAAUUCAUGAGUUACUUCCAAAUGCGAGCGCUGCAGAUUGCAUAGAAGUCGCGCAUAUCUGCGGACAAGUUCCUUUGGCCAUAAAAUUAAUGUGCUCUUUGAUUUCUGAAGAUAAUUCUUUACCAAGCCAUUUUCUAGAUGAUUUCAAGGCCUCCUCUACAGAAAGUAUCGUGAGCAUGUUGGACAUUUUUGACUCCUCUUUCCAGAGACUAACUACACAAGAACAAGAAGCACUAAUUUCUUUGAGCAUUCUCCCUGAUAAUUUCACUACUGAGGUCGCUGCGGCCAUUUUAGGCACCAAAAGUGGUUUUCAAGCCAAAAGGAUGUUACAAAACCUUCGGAGGAAGUCACUAAUUGAUUUAGGCUCUAAACCCGGGACUUUCACGAUGCACAAACUGUUGCAAUCAUUUUCGAAAGAUAAAGGAGACAGUGAGAUGAACAAGACGAUUCUCAAUGCAAAGGGUCGUUUGAAUGCAUUCUAUGUCUCGUACUUUGAUAAACUAAAUAAACAAUUUCUCACCAGGCAUUCCAUGGAUGCAUAUAUUGCAUUUUAUGAGGAUAAGGAGAACAUUAUUCAAAGCUUAGUAGAGGGAUGUUUUGACUCCAAAACAGCUGACACUGUCUUUGACAUAUUGGUCAAGGGAGAGUUGUUUCUUGACUCUCUGUUUUGGACCGCGAGUGAAGGAAAAAACUUUGAUGACAUAUACGAUGCCGCCAUAAAAGCAGCCAAUCUGCAUGGAAAUGAAAAAUACCAUAGGCAGCUCCUUACUUCCAAAGCUGUCGGUGAAGCAACCUGGGGAAGAAAAGGACAGACGAAUCAUCUUCUCUCUGAAGUGAAAGUUCUGCAAGCAGCAUCGUCCCUUGUUUCUAAUCAGGAAAAAGGCAAACGCCUCUGCUAUUUAGGAAUCUGUUACCUUACUGCAGAAGAAACGAAGAGUGGAGUCCACUGCCUACAGGAGGCGCUUUCAUCACUGGAGACUUGCAAAGACCCAGAGUCGUUAUUUCUAAAGUUUCUCAUUCUUCAGAUCCUCGUUUGUUAUUAUCAGUCCCUAAAUGACUUCUACAAUGCAAGUUACUACUAUGACAAACUCCGCUACCUCUGUCCUCUGCAGUAGGAGAUUGCAAGCUGCUUAUUAUUCCGCCGAUGAAAAGCAAAGCACAAAAAACUACCAAUGAAAUGCAGGUUGAACAGGACUCAAACAUUUUGCUGAAUCAACCCUUCGAAUUCCAAUUUGUCUGUCUCUUAAGUGAAGCUACAAAGUUUUUCGCUGACACUAAAACCAAACAAAAUACAAAUGUUACAGCGCCUCGAAAAAGAUGUUACACCUUCAAUUGGUUUGAUAACUUUUCACACAGCUGUGGUAAAGCUGCUGUGGAAUAGGAAUGGUCAAGACCCUGAAAAACUAUUUUGGUCAAGAAUAAAUUAUCAUGAAAAAACACUCAAUCAAUGCAAAGAAACUUUCCCAAAUAGUCACUACUUUGGCGGCUAUGGUCAAAUACAAAUUGAAGCGCUUGUGGACUGCUACUUAAACCUGGGUAAAGUUUACAACAACAGAGGAAACUAUUCAGAAGCUCUUCAGUCAUACAAGAGAGCGCUGGACACAGCAACAACGUCCUUAGGAGAACAACAUGAAAGGACUUCCGUUACCUACAGGGAACUUGGUGUAACACAAACCAACAUGCAUGACUACAGCGCAGCUCUACAAUCUCACCAGCAUGCAUUAGCUAUCCGUAUUAAACUAUUUGGAGAGGAACAUGAAAACACUGCUGACAGCUACAGGGAACUCGGUGUAACACAAAACAACAUGGAUGACUACAGCGCAGCUCUACAAUCUCACCAGCAUGCAUUAGCUAUCCGUAUUAAACUAUUUGGAGAGGAACAUGAAAGCACUGCUGACAGCUACAGGGCACUCGGUGUAACACAAAACAACAUGGAUGACUACAGCGCAGCUCUACAAUGUCACCAGCAUGCAUUAGCUAUCCGUAUAAAACUAUUUGGAGAGGAACAUGAAAGCACUGCUGACAGCUACUGGGAACUCGGUGUAACACAAAACAACAUGCAUGACUACAGCGCAGCUCUACAAUCUAAGCAGCAUGCAUUAGCUAUCCAUCUUAAACUAUUUGGGGAGGAAUAUAAAAGCACUGCUGACAGCUACAGGGCACUCGGUGUAACACAAAAUAACAUGCAUGACUACAGCGCAGCUCUACAAUCUCACCAGCGUGCAUUAGCUAUCCGUAUUAAACUAUUUGGAGAAGAACAUGAAAGCACUGCUGACAGCUACAGGGCACUCGGUGUAACACAAAAU